AUGAGUAAUCAGAAGCAAGAUAACAUAAUUGAUGAGAAGGAUGUAGGAUUUAUGCUCAGCUAUGGAAGAAACUACUACACAGACGGAAUAGUUGAGAAAGAAGACGAAAUAAAAAGACUUUUCGAACAGAUUAGCUUGAAGCUUGGGACAAAGGAAGUAGAAACAGGACUUGCACCGCCAAUGUGCUGGGACCUUCUUGGAGAUAGAAACAGGAUUCAAAGUGAACCUAAUUUGCAAGUUGCACGGGUGUGUAAGAUCCUUGAUGGAUACCAUGAGGCAAGAUAUAUGAUAGGAAUUAAAAUGAUAGCAAAGUUUAUUGUAGGAAAGUCAAAAAAGCUUGAUGCAAGUCUAAUACAGGAAGGGAUGAGGGUUGGAGUGGAUAGAAACAAAUAUCAGAUUGUAUUGCCACUUCCAAGAAAAAUAGAUGCAUCUGUGACAUUGAUGCAAGUUGAAGAAAGGCCUGAUGUGACUUAUAGCGAUAUAGGUGGCUGUGUUGAAGAGAUAGAGAAGAUACGAGAGGUUGUUGAAGCACCACUACUGAAUCCGGAAAAGUUUGUUGCAUUGGGAAUAGAUCCACCAAAGGGCGUUUUGCUUUAUGGGCCUCCAGGAACAGGAAAAACGCUGAUAGCAAGAGCAGUUGCUAACAGGACAAAUGCAUGUUUUAUCCGAGUGAUUGGAUCAGAACUUGUGCAGAAGUAUGUAGGAGAAGGUGCUAGGAUGGUUAGAGAAAUAUUUAGCAUGGCGAAGGGGAAGAAAGCAUGUAUAAUUUUUUUUGAUGAGGUUGAUGCAUUUGGAGGAACUAGAUUUGAUGAUGAUGAUGACAAUGAGGUACAAAGGACGAUGUUGGAGCUAAUAAAUCAACUGGAUGGAUUUGAUCCGCGAGGAAAUAUAAAAGUCCUGAUGGCUACGAAUAGACCGGAUACUCUUGAUCCAGCACUCCUUCGUCCUGGACGACUUGAUAGGAAAGUUGAGUUUGGAUUGCCUGAUCUUGAUGGAAGGGCAUCGAUCUUGAGAAUACAUGCAAAGACAAUGAGUGUAGAUAAAAGUAUUCGGUUUGAUUUGAUCGCAAGACUGUGCAACAAUGCAACAGGUGCUGAGCUGAGAAGCGUGUGCACAGAGGCAGGAAUGUUUGCAAUAAGGGAGCGGAGAAAGAUUGCAACAGAGGAGGAUUUUUUGAAAGCUGUUGAUAAGGUGGUUAAAGGAUAUGCGAAGUUUUCAUCGACGCCAAGGUAUCUUACAUACAACUAG